AUGACGACCAAAACUGAGUUUGUACCUGCCACCAAGAACGAGGGUCCUAGUGAAAACUUCUCAUUCAGUCCUAUGCUGUACAACUUUCGAGUGUCACCACCACCCGGGCACAAUAAAACGUUUUCACUUCAACAGCCGUUCGCAACCCUAUUCGACAACCUAAUCACAGUACUUUGGUCGGUAUACGGCAAAAAAUCAAAAAUUCAAAUUGGUGUCAAUCAAUUACAAUGGGCGUUGGAAUUUUUGAGAUGCAUGAAGGUAGACUAUGGUUAUCCAGAAAGCAUAGGGAAAAUCGUCGGCGAACUGGAAGAACAACUGAUAUCGCUUUAUGCCAAGGUCGGCGAAAAAAUGCAGGAAAACAAACGAAAAAAAGACCUAGAGCAAAUGGAAAGAGAGGCCAAUGAAAAAAACUCGAAAAUUUCUAGUGUUGAAAAACUUGCAACGGACAUGUUUUUAUCGUUUAAUGGAGAAGAUAUCAAGGGAAAACUAGAUGUGAUCAAGGUAACAAUAGAUCCAAUCACCGGCGAAGCAAAAUACUUAAAAGAAUUAAAUUCGUUGGGAAAAAGGAAACAAAAACCAAUAGACCCAUGUGCCAACGAUAAAAAACAAACAAAAAAUUACAUGAUUGGCGCCUUACAAAAGAUUCUUAGUAAAACGACAGAACCAGACACUAAAAACGGAGUCGAGGAAUUAAUAAAAGGACUUAAAGUGGACAACUCAAUAUCCAAAAAGCAAUAA